AUGAAAGACAACGACGACAAAGAGGAACGCAAGAUCAUCCUCGAGUCACUGCUGGAUGUGCUGAGGCAGCACCACCAAGCCAUGAGCACCACCCACUCUCACAACCAGGCCACUCACCAUCCGUCCGACCUCGCACAGCCGGUGUUGGAGCUACUUGUGGAGUGGAGCAGAGACAAGCGCACCAAGCUGUCGCAGGAUGUCUUCCAAGUACUGGGUGACUUCUGUCAACAGGAGUUGGGGCAUGUCCCGCGUGAUGUGCAGAUCACAGUGCUUGUGGCCGUGUUCAAUAGGCUUGGGGUCGAGACCUUUGAUGUAGUCAAAACGUAUGUGAAGGCAGCCGUUAAGCAAAUGUGUGCGGCUUUGUCACAGAAUGCGCUCCUGGGGGUCUGUCUGGCGUUGCUAGGCAACGAACAUCUCAGCCAGGCCGGAAGGCCCCUUGUCCUGGAUCUGGUCGCCAUGAGUGUACUGCCGACCAUGGACAAAUCAUUUUCGCUGUGUGCACGCGAGCCAAUGAUUGACG